AAUGAAGCGGUUCAUUAUUUUGGUGUGCCUUGUGGCCGCAGAAUUCGCCCAUGGGGCAGACGUCCAGACUAUUCGACAAUUGUCUCCCCAUUCAGUGCAAUUGAAAUUAAAAAAGUUACCUGGAGAGUUAACCAAAUGUGUCGUCACAACAAAUACGGGAAAGGAAGUUUCAAUAUUUCCAGAAAAUGAAAACGAGGAUAACGUAUCAAAUUAUAUACUUGCUGAUUCCAAUGAAUGUCAACCAGUAAUUGCAAAUACUGAUUAUCAUAUGAACGGAUUAUGGACUGUAAAACAAACGUAUACAGAUCAAACAGUGACUGAGGAAUUCAACCUUAAAAUAAAAGAUAUGCAAGAGUUGAGUGAAGUUAUUCCAGCAAACUCAGUAACAGUAUAUGAAGGAAAUUACGCAAUUCUUAAGCUUGCUGAAAAGUUCCACACCUUAGAAUCCUGCAGUCUCUCUAAUUCAAAGAUUGAGAUUGAUCUUUUCUCAGAAGAAUACUCUUAUUUAAGAAUACAAGAACCUGGAGUAUGCGGCAUUCGAAUGCUGGCUAGUGAAAACAGCUCCGGGACUUGGUAUCUUUACGCUGAUGUUCGCAGCAACGAAACGUACUACGGUUCAUUUACUAUUAAUAUUGCAUCUCAUGAUGAAGAAGAUAUUAAACCGCAGGUUGUAUAUUUUCAACUCGGUGAAAGUGCGCAAUUAACAUUUUCACAAAGAAGUGCACGCUUGACUUAUUGUCAAAUGCAAGAUCCAACCGGAAAAAAAUGGAAUAUAGAAUCGGGAAGCUGUAUUCACAAGAUUCCGUUUGUUACUAAAUUACAUGAGGGAGUAUGGCAAAUACACUAUGGCAUUCGAGAAAGCAAUACUCCAAUGAAAGCAGAGAUAACAGUUUUAACAUUUGACAGUGCACCACUUAAUGCUACUGUAAUAUAUGCACAAAACGAGCAGAUAAACCUGCUAUGUAGCGUCAGGGGAGGGUAUGAAGUAAAAUAUUGUCAGUUCACAAGACCUGACGGCAUAACGUUUGGCGUUACCCCUGGAGUUGGAAACGAAAGGUAUGAAUAUUAUGGACAAGGCUUCGCCAGAAGAAGCAUGAUCUAUGAAGGUAUUAGCGAUUGUGGAUUGACUAUAAGAUCACCAUCUGCUGAGGAUUUUGGUGCUUGGAAGUGCAAAAUUCAAAUAGACGGUAAAACAACCGGAACCAUUCUUAGAACUGAUCAUUUGUCAAGAAUGUUCGUCACAAAAGACGUAAAAACCUCCGGUAGCAAAGUGUAUGUCAAACGUGGAAAUCAAUUUACUAUAAAGUGUUCAGCAAAUGCUGUAUUGAAUUACUGUUGGAUGUUGAGUCCAAAUGGUACUGUGUAUUCUGUGUCCGAAAAAGAAAGCUCUCCAUCACACCUUACUUACAAAGGUUCCGGUUUUGAGAUGGGUGAAUGCGGAGCCAUCGUUACAGUGGCUGACGACACGCACCUUGGUGAAUGGAGUUGUCGGAUGGGAGUUCUCAAUGGAACGGAGGUGGAAGCUAGUGUUUCUGUGACAGUGACAGAUUCCUUCUUGAUACCUGAUGAAAAUACUAUUGAUAUUUCUUAUAAAAAGCCAACAAUUCUAACUUGUCGUAUUCUACCCGGCUAUGAAGCUGCAAUCAGUUAUUGUCGUUGGAUAAGACCUGACGGUCACGGAAUUUACAAUAAUGUAGAUAAUCAGUACGUUACUGAAGGAACGUUAUCAUGUUGCAAAUUAACAAUCCUAGAAUUGAACGUUGGCUACGACAUUGGUUCCUGGUCAUGUGUAGCUGGUAUUGCAGGACCCAAAAAUAUUGAAGCCAUUUCUCGAAUUCAUAUCAAUUACUCCUAUAUAGGAUUGGGUGGUUUCGUCGCCGUUGUUCUAACAAUAGCACUUUUAAUUAUCACAACCAUAAUACUCUUCGUGAUCAUUGUCCGGAAACGCAGAAUCAGAUAUCCAGACGAAAAAGUCAUUAUUUAUAAAUAAUUGUAAUACUAUCAGAAUCAUCAAUGGAUGUUAUUCCAACUAUACUACUUUUCCGAAGAGCAGUACUCAAUUUCUGUAAAAAAUGUGAUUCAUUUUUUUCAAUCAAAUAUUUGAUAUAUUAAAAAAGUAUUGCUCAAUCUCUCACUAGAAUAAUUUUAUACAAACUGAUUUAGUAUUACUAAAAUUGACUUUUGUAAAACUAUUUUUCUAAAUAAUACAAUUCUAUUUAAAAUUUUCUUACAAUGUAUAAUAAUUUCAUACGUAUUCAAUUUUUUUGGGAAAACUUUAAAGUUUGAAUAUUUGAAAUGUGAUACUCGUGUUUCCUGCAAUUGUGGACUGCAAUUGACCUAUAAAACGCAAGUCUAGAAAUUCGUCACGCUUUGUAAAAUAUUAAAUGAAAUCAUUUUUUGCAGUGAACGUGCAUUGUAUAUCAUCGAGCGAGCUGCGAAUGACACGACAAACCGUACAUGCAAUUAUUAUUUAAAAUAUAAACUCCUUGAUGCGUGCUUGAUAAUAUCUACUUCAUAUGGUAAUACUUGGAAUAUGUGUAACAUUCACUUCACUUUAAGUUUGUUCCACAUUGCAAUGUAAACAUCGUGGCUGUGCAAUGUGAUUUAUUUUUGUCGAGUGCUAUCGGAUUUAAUUUGCGACGAGAGAGCAUUCUCGCCUACCCACCAAAAAAAGGACAGAAGGGUUCUAUCAAAUUGAAAUCGACCUAGCCAGGGUCGUACCUACACCCGUAGGAUUUAAAAACUAUAAAUAACACAUCCGAAAUUAUCUGUGUGGACCCCAUAAAAUAUUAUACAAACUAUUUUAUAUCCGGAUUUACAGUU